UGACUGGAACGACGGGCCACUUGUUCCAUUCCUCGAAGAUUCGUGCUCUCUACUUUCUUCGACCGACUUUGUAUUUUGUGACGAAAUUUGAAUGUCUACUUUUGGAAAAUAAUUCACAAAAGUAGUCAGCUCUCAGGCAUUACAUUCGAUUUAAAUUUCGACCCCACGUUCCGAAAGAACUUUUUCUUUCCUGUUGCAUGAAUUUCGAAGAUGUAUGCAGCUGGUGGAAUGGAAUCUGAUUUUUCAGACAGUGAUUGUGACAUUGUAUUUUCGUCGAAAGAUUCGUCUAAAGCUGAAGCAGAAGCAACCAUCAACAAAAGCAACCCAAAUACGUUUUCCAAUGGUGUUAUAAAAACUAAUGACUUUAUUCCAUCCAGUCAUUCUAGUGUGACAUCGCAGUCAAGUUAUGCAAAUCAACGCUCCCACAGAAAAUUUUCACGUCGGCAAUGCAUAGACGUGAAUUCUUCACAAUUACUAGAUGAUUUGAGAUAUGCAGUCAAUCAAGGGAAUGUGGAAACUGUGAAAGCUAUAUUAUCAAAAGAUAUUUGGGUGGAUACCAUCUUGAAAUCGGGGUGGACGAGUUUGAUGUUUGCAUGUAGUGCUGGGAAUCUUGAGUUAGUUCAGUUUCUGCUUGAAGAAAAGGCCAAUCCAAAUUAUCAUAAAGACAUGCUAACCCCAUUGAUGGCUGUGUGCAUGUCAAAGAAAAAUGAAGAAGAUCUUUCAAAAUGCUGUUCACUACUCAUAGACAAUGGAGCAAAUGUGAAUGCACAUGAAAGGCAUUUAACGACUCCAUUGAUGUUUGCCAGUAGAGAAGGUUAUACACAAAUAGUAAAGACACUUUUAGAUAAUGAUGCUGAAAUAAAUGCUCAAGAUAAUAGAGGAAAUACUGCAAUCGCAUGGGCAGCUCAGUGUGGUCAUGGCCAAGUUGUUCGACUGCUGUUAGAGAAGGGUGCAGAUGUGAAAAUUUUGAAUCGAAUGGGACAGUCACCAAUAGAUCUUGCAUAUGAUCAUGAUCAUAGUGAGGUAGCAUCCUUGCUUACUAAGGGUGUCAUUACAAAAGAGGAUUCAACCAUAGAUAGGCCUAAUAUUACUGUCAAAACUGCAUCGGGUGAUGCUAUACGGAUUGCAAUGUCAGUGAGAGAUACUUCAAGUUCUAAAACCUUUGUAAAAGUUGGAGAAUUGGAUCUCUUUUUGAAUGGCAUUGGUUGUCCAGAGUUGAUUCCAGUAUUUAAUGAACAGCAACUUAAUUUUCAUGAUCUGUUAAUCAUGAAUGAUGAAGAGUUAGAAAAGGUUGGUAUCAAGCAAAUAGGAACAAGAAAAAAAAUUCUUGAAGCUUGUAAAGCUGUGCAUAAAAAAGAUUGGGAAAAUUCUAGUCUACCAAACUUAAGACAAAAGCAGUAUAUUAGUUGCCCUGAUGCUGUAGCUAUGAUGGCCAACAUUGCAAAGCAUUUAAAGUACAUAUCAAGUUCAAUAAUAUAUAUUAGACAACAAAUUCAGUCUCAGCCAAGAAUAUUAGAACUUUCUCAAGAUUCAGCGAAUGUUCAUGACUUAUUGGAUGAAAUGGAAGAUGGUUUGAAGAAUGUUCGGUUUCUAAAUGACGAGAUGAGAUUUUUGAAAAUGCACCUGGAAAAAGUUCAAGAUAAAGUGCAAUUCAUACCAGCUGAUUUAAUUGUUGAAACAGUGCCUACAGGUACCAAGUAUGGAAAAAUAUUUCUUUCAGUGAUAGGAGUCACCGCAGCUUCAGUAGUCGUUGUUGGCCUUUUGUGGAAAAACAACUAUUCAUUUAGUAAUUUAAAUUCAAUAUUUAAGUUUAGAGCUCUUCCUAUAGCAUUAUAAAUUUGAUCUAAUGUUUUCCUACUGUAUAUUUUUGUAAAGAAAAUUUUCAUUGUAUUUCUAUUGAACAUUAAAUAGAUUUACUAUAUUUUGACCCACAAAUUUAAAGAAACCAGACCACCCCGAGAACAACUAAGUGCAUUGAAUGUAUAUAAUAUUUGCCAGU